GCGGUCGCGCUGUACGACUUUGUUCGCGAAAACGAGAAUGAACUCCCGCUAGUCGAAGGGCAGGUGAUCCUCGUCAGCUACCGCCACGGGCAGGGGUGGCUGGUCGCGCAGGAUCCCCGCAGUGGGGAGAGCGGACUGGUUCCCGAGGAGUAUGUCCGGCUCCUGCGG